CCUCCCCCUACAAGUAUGGAGAAGAGCCAUGCCCCCCCCCAGGACUUCAACCCUCCCCCCUACCCUGGACCCCCCCCCACAAACCCAGUCUAUCCUCCCCAAGCAGGUUAUCAGCCCCAAAUGUACCCUGUGGCCCAAUAUGCUGCAGCACAACCUGGAAUGCACUCUGCUGCUCAGGUCUGCACCACACAAACCUCUGUGGUGUCGCAGCCGAUGAUGCAGCAGCAGGCGAUGAUGCAGCAGCAGCCAAUGGUGGUGAUGCAUCAGCCGAUGCCUUCAGACGUUCCUGGUCAGAUGCAGUGUCCUCGGUGCCAGGUCCAGGUUCUGACCCAGACCAAACACACACCUGGAACCCUCGCCUGGGUGGUCUGUGCUUCUCUGGGUGUCUUCUUGAUUUGGCCCUGCUGUCUGAUCCCUUUCUGUGUCGACUCCUGCCAAGACGUGGAACAUCGCUGUCCCAACUGUCAGCAAGUCAUUCACAUCCACAGACGCAUGUGAACAAACACACACACACACACACUACACACACACUGUGUGUACUGACAAUUCAUGUAGCGGCUAAUGCUAUCUGAUGCUAAGUUAGUUUGCUGUUGCUGGUUACAGAAAGCUAGUAAGCUGAUUCAAGUAUUAGGCUAGAUGCUAUCUGAUGACGGUUAACUGAUUCUGCCUACUGAAGGACUUUGUUUAA